UAUAUUAGAGUUACCUCCCCUAGACCACAUGUGGGGGGUUUGUUUACAAUGAAAACCCAGAAACGACAUCUCCUCAGUAAAAUCGGAGAUCAAAAUAGUUUCUUAAUGAAAUGAUCUGAUAUUUUGGCCAACAGGGGGAGAACUGUUGCGAGUUUAAACAUGAGAAUCAACGAAAAUACGUUUUUGUGUGGAAGUAAAGUUGUGUUAGUACCUUACGAAAGACAUCAUGUUCCAAAAUAUCACACCUGGAUGCAGUCAGAGGAGCUGCAGGAGUUGACGGCAUCAGAGCCCCUCAGUCUGGAAGAGGAGUAUGCCAUGCAGGAGGCGUGGCGCCAAGACCUGGACAAAUGUACAUUUAUCAUCCUGGAUGUAGAUUUGUACCAGAAGUCUGGUGAACCAACCCAGUGUGAUAGAGAAAUAGGAGCAAUGGUGGGGGAUGUGAAUCUGUUCUUCAAUGAAGGAGAGAAACAUGUCGCUGAGAUAGAGAUUAUGAUAGCAGAAUCGUCAGCACGAGGUCGUGGGCUGGGGAAGGAAGCGUUAUUGUCCAUGAUGAGAUAUGGUGUUGAAGUUCUUGGUUUGACAAAAAUAACAGCCAAAAUAGGCUACUCCAACUCACCUAGUCUUGCCAUGUUCAACAAGUUAGGUUUUAUAGAGGUAUCGCGGAGUGAUAUAUUUAAAGAAGUCACCCUGGAGUUGGUUGUUGAUGACAAAGCUAAAGGUGUGAUGCAGAGUGGCACUCCAAGCUACACACUACAGGGUAAACCAGUUCCCAGCUGAUCUGAUGUCAACCUCACUCACUCUGGGGCAGGCCCGAGUUCCAACAUGGUUCUGUUUCGGAAGCCCAUCCUUAUUGCUCCCUGCAGUGAUAUGUCAAGAAUAUUGCUAAAAGUGAUGCGGUGGAACGGACUCAUCCUGUCCGUGUGGCAUCAAGUGUGUUUUGCAACAAAUUCUGAGAUGAUCUAGAAUUUUGACUACCUGAAAUGUGGAA